AUGUUCUCUAAACGAGCCAUUCCUGAGGGUAGCCUCGUGCUUGUGACAGGAGCUACAGGAUUCAUCGGAAGCCAUGUGAUCGACCAGCUGUUGCAGCUAGGCUACAAGGUGCGAGGAACUGCCCGAAGCCAGGAGAAAGGUGCGUGGGUCAAGGACUUGUUCGACAAGAAGUAUGGUCCCGGCAAAUUCGAAGUCGUGGAAGUCCCAGAUAUGAGCAGUCCGGGCGCAUUCGAUGAGGCCAUCAAGGGAGCUUCAGGCUUCGUCCACGUCGCUACACCAGUCAUGCAGAAUCUCGACCCGAACAAGGGCAUCCCACUGGUGGUGAAUGGCGCCUUAAACAUGCUCAACGCCGCCAAAUCGGAACCAAGUCUGACACGCGGUGUCCUCACAUCAUCCUCGACGCCGCGGCCGACCCGAAUCCGAAUGUCGAGUUGUAACGUGAUUGACGAAAAGACCUGGAAUGACCAAAUCCUCGACAAAGCCUGGGCACCUCCCCCGUAUGAAGGUGUUCCGCGGAAAUUGGCCGUCUAUUCCGCCAGCAAGAUGCAGUCCGAACAAGCCGCUUGGAAAUUCAUCGAGGAAGAAAAGCCAUCCUUCACCCUGAACGCAGUCCUUCCCAACGCGAAUCUGGGUCUUGUGCUCUCUCCUGAGCACCAAGGCGCUCCCAGCACGGUAGGCUGGCUCAAGGCACUCUGGAACGGCUUCGCGAGUGAGGACGAGAAGGCGCUGUCGAAGAAUCCGCCGCAAUACUUCAUCAACGUUCAGGACAACGCUCGCGUGCACGUAGCCGCGUUGAUCUCGCCAGAUGUCAACAACGAGCGCCUCUUCACGUUCGCAAAACCGUACAAUUGGAAUGAUAUCCUGGCGAUAUAUCGCAAGAACUAUCCGGAGCACAAGUUCAUUGAUGACUUGCCAGAUCUAGGUCGCGAUCUGUCCAAGGUGGCAAACGAGCGUGCUGAAGAGCUGCUAAAGCGGUUCGACGUUCCUGGCUGGACAAGCUUGGAGCAGAGUGUCAAGGAUGCUGUGUUCUGGGCUUGA